ACUCGUAUAAAAGGGUAGAACAGAGGAUAAAGGAAGGCUUUUAGAGUCGUUUCAAACCGCAGCCACUUUAAACCCAAUCGCUGUUUCUGCUGCUUCAUUGGGUUUCCUGUUGUUUGCUCAAAGUUAGCGGAGUCGCCCUUCAAAUGUACUGGGUCCUGUGACAGACAAACAGGCACGCCGACAGAGACACAUACGCAACAGACAUGGAGAAUGGGAAGAGUCGUCUGGAGCAGACCCAGAAGGAUGUGGAAGAGGUGACCGUCAUUAUGCUGGACAAUCUAAACAAGGCUGAGGAGAGAUCUGGCAAACUCGGAGAGCUUGAAGAGCGAGCUGAUGUGUUGCUGGAAAAGAGCAAAGCAUUUGAAAAGACAGCCAACAAGGUAAAGCAGAAGAAAAGAUGUGAAAACCAGAAGAUGAAGAUUGUGGUCAUAAGUGUCGCAGCGGUGUUCGUGCUCAUCAUUAUUGGAGUGAUCAUCUAUUGCUCUAUUGGUAGUGCGUGAGGUCUGCAGCUCCUACAUGAGCGCACAAGGCCAACGAUUCAAAACAAUGGGACUAAAGGACAAAGAUGAACAUUUCUGUGUGUGCCCAGACUGUGGGAACUGUCUUCAUCUUGUCUGAUUUGUUUAUUCUAUUAUAUUUAUGUGAGCAUACAUAUGUUUCUUAAAUCUCUAUGGUACCACUGGUUGCUCUGCUGCUUCUUUUCUUUGUUAUAACUUUUCUCAAUCUCUGUCUGGUCACCAGUCUUUGGAAAGACUUGUUACUCUACAACGUUUGAAUUUCUGUAAAUUCAACACAAAUUGAAAAUAAUAAUUUAGAAUCAGCUACAAAUGAAAAUGCUCUAAAAGCAAAUGUUCUAACCACAACAAAUUCAUUUUAGCCAAACAUUAUUAGCUGCUGCUCUAGCAUAAACUGUUUGGGCAGUCACUUUUUCCAAAAAUUAUAUUAAAUAAUAGAAAAUUAUAGUAAUUGGUAGUAAAAAUGUCUCUGGGUUUUUUGGUAUCUCUCAAAGUCUUAAAUAUGAAUCCUACCUUUUUACAGAUGCACUCAUAUUGUAUUUGUCCAUCCAGGACAACUGUUGGGCUUUUUGCUAUUUGCAAAAUAAUUUUUAGAGAUGAAGAUGGUUGUAACCACCCAAAUUGGACUUCGGUCAGAAAGAAACAGCUGUUAAUAUUGGUUCACAUCCAAAAGUACCAGUCAGAAACAAAAGAUAGCCAGAAGCAGAACAAGUAAGUAUAAUAAUUACGUACUAUGUGUAUUUGCUUCAACUAGAAAGAUGAAAUGUUACACAAUUUUCAAUAUAGGCUGUGAAAUGUUUUCAAAGGUGCCUUUAUAAUUAUUAAACUGUGUUGGUUUCUAUCUUGAAAUUAUGGUCUGCUCUGUUAUUAAUUAAUUAAUAAAUACAUCAAUUAAU